AUGGGAGAUAAAGAAACCCUCAAGGAGGAAGCCUUCUUGGGGAGCACAGAAGAAGGAGCUGAUUUUGACCAAGCCAUGUUCCGUGUGAUGGAGACCUUCGAAAUCAAUGAUCCAGUGCCCAAGAAGAGAAACUGGGGGAGCUUUUUCAUGGCAGUCAUGGCCAUCCACCUGAUCCUGCUCACAGCAGGUACCACCCUGCUGAUGCUUAAAGUUGUCAGUCUGCAGAAGUGGAUCCUGGAGAAGUGCUUAGACAAUGAGACACUCGCUGCUGAGGACAGGUCAUUCUUCUCACUACAGCUGGCAAGUCCCCAAACACAGCUGGUACCUGGAAAACCUCAGCUGCAAGCCCUGCAGGUCCAGCUCACAGAGGUCCGCAUCAGCCAGAAGCAACUGCUUCAGCAGGUGGAUAACCUCACUCGGAAUCCAGAGAUGUUCCGGAUUAAGGGUGAACCAGGCUCCCCAGGUGUCCCAGGACCCCGGGGCCAACCAGGCAUCAAGGGAGAGGCAGGCCUCCAGGGACUCAUGGGUGCACCAGGGAAGCAAGGAGCAACUGGUGCCCCUGGACCUCAAGGAGAAAAGGGCAGCAAAGGUGACAAAGGUCUCAUUGGCCCCAAGGGGGAAAUUGGCACCAAGGGAGACAAAGGGGACAUAGGUCUUCCAGGGAGCAAAGGGGACAUGGGCAUGAAAGGAGUCACAGGGGUCAUGGGGCCCCCUGGAGCCCAAGGAGAUAAAGGCAAUCCUGGGAAACCAGGCCUACCAGGUUUGGCUGGGUCUCCUGGAGUCAAAGGUGAUCAAGGACAACCUGGAGUGCAGGGUGUUCCAGGCACUCCUGGUGCAGCAGGACCUUCUGGUGCCAAGGGUGAGCCAGGCCACCCUGGUCCUCCUGGGCCAACAGGACCCCCAGGGAUCUCCGGGAAUCCAGGUGCUGCAGGUGUGAAAGGAAGCAAGGGGGACACAGGAAUUCAAGGACAGAAAGGCACAAAAGGAGAAUCAGGAGUUCCAGGCCUUGCAGGCAGGAAGGGAGACACUGGAAACCCUGGGCUGGCAGGCCCCAAAGGAGAACCCGGACGACCUGGCCUGAAGGGAGACCCUGGAAUGAAAGGGUCUUCUGGCCAGCCAGGACAAAAGGGAGAAAAGGGUCAGAAAGGCCAGUCCUUCUUAGAAGUCCGGAUUGUGGGUGGCACCAAUCGAGGCCGAGCUGAAAUUUUCUAUAACAAUGUCUGGGGGACAAUUUGUGAUGAUGGUUGGGAUAAUAACGAUGCCAGUGUCUUCUGCCGCAUGCUCGGUUACUCCAGUGGUAGAGGAUUUACCCAAGGAGGAGGCUCUGGGACUAUCUGGCUGGAUGAUGUGAAUUGUCUGGGGACGGAGAACAGUUUGUGGAGCUGCAGGAAGAGCAACUGGGGCUCUCACAAUUGCAACCACAAUGAAGAUGCAGGUGUGGAGUGCCGCUGA